GCCCCACAUCCCAGAAUCCCGAAAUCGUAUUGUAGUAAGUUUAUUAUGCUCUGAUAGCUCUGCAAAAUGAUGUCAGUACCUGCUAUUGCUUUGCUCUUCUACAAUCUAUUUCUGUAUAUGCUGGCAUGGCACAUCGGGAGAAUAGAAGAGGAUCCACCCGACAAUCAGCACAGCCUCUUGCACCUCAUACCGAUAGUUGGGAAAUUUAUUGCUAACGAGCAGCCACUGAUGAAAUUUAUGAUGGAUGACCCAUUCAGUGAGUUCGGGGACAGGUUUUGGAUCACAAAUCUGGGGAUAAACCUACUGCUACUGAUGCCAGCUGUCUUCCAGCCCCGCGAACUCAGAACCAGGCUAGUGAUAGUUCCAGUGAUUUUAAUUUGGAAUUUGUUCGUCUUCCAGCGGGUUCUGGUGUAUAUUUUGAUGACCGCUUGGGCACUCUGGCAGGGACAGAUGGGCCACGAGGUCUUUCAGUUUAUCUUUUGCGGCCUGGCGAUGAGCACCCUUCACAUGGCUCUCAUCUGUAGGUCUAUAUGUUUCUUAGUCGAAGAAGAAAUCUGUAGCAAGUCCUGACCUUUGCUCAAAAUGAUGCCGUCACAGUCCAUGGCGCCUUUAAGUGGGUCCCCGUCCGCCCUUCCGACAUCCGUCCCCGUCUUAGUUUUGCUACAAAUACUGGGCCAUCGGUUCAACUAAUAAAUAUCCCAGAGAAAACACACAUAUAGAGGUUUCCCCU